CGCAAGUCCCCUGUCUGGAACACAUAUAUCUGGUUCCCCCGGACUACUAGCAUCGCCAUUACUAACAGCUACCUUUCCCUCUCCGCGGCUGCAUAUAGCCAGCCAACCAUCCAGCCCUCUACCCGUAUACCAUGAUGGGCCUCUUCAGCUCAGCCAGUUCGCACCUGCGCGCCGCCGCAACAGGCAAGCGCGACGAUGAGGGCGUUCCAACCGACACCGAGCCAGACGAUACGUCCAUUCUAGACGAGAAUGAAGGCUCGAUUAUCACCUCUCUCAUCUCCCAGCUACGCGUCGGCAUGGACCUUUCAAGAGUUACCUUUCCCACUUUUGUCCUUGAACCUCGCAGCAUGCUCGAGCGCAUAACCGACUUUAUGUCGCAUCCAGAUCUUAUCUUCGGCGCGGAGGAUAUGGAGGAUCCAGAGGAGCGGUUCUUACGUGUCCUUCAGUACUACCUAGCAGGAUGGCACAUCAAGCCAAAGGGCGUCAAGAAGCCCUAUAAUCCUAUUCUUGGAGAAUUCUUUCGAUGUCGGUAUGACUACCCCAAUGGUACACACGGAUACUACGUCGCGGAACAAGUCUCCCAUCACCCGCCUGUGUCGGCAUUCUACUACAUCUCCCCUGCCAACCGUAUUAUUAUUCUCGGCGAGCUGCGGCCCAAGAGUAAGUUCCUGGGAAACAGCGUGUCGACAACGAUGGAGGGCGAAAACAGGAUCUUGCUAUUAGGCAAGCCGGAAGAUGGAGAGUACGUGAUUACCAUGCCCAACAUGUACGCACGCGGCAUACUAUUUGGAAAAAUGGUUCUAGAGUUGGGGGAUACAUGUAUUGCUAAGAAUGAGAAACACGGGCUAUAUUGCGACCUUGAGUUUAAAACCAAAGGCUUCUUCUCUGGAACGUAUAAUGCUAUCAGCGGCAAGAUCCGUCGCAAUUUGACAGAAAUUGGUGAGGUGUCGGGGCGGUGGAGUCAUGUUAUGGAUUUCAAGAGCGUCAAGACGACGACGCGGCGCGUUUUGUUUGAUGCCGUUAAAGACGGACAGAAUAUAUCGCCUAAAUGGGUCCCUUCUGAGGAAGAGCAGGAGCCCAACGAGUCCCGCAGACUGUGGACUAAUCUGACAAAGGCUAUUUUAGACAAAGAUAUGGAGGCGGCGACGACUGCCAAAUCAGCAAUUGAGGACGCCCAGAGAGAGAAGAGGAAGACCAUGGCACAUCAUGGAGAGAAACACGUGCCGAGAUUUUUCGUCCAGAAGGACGGGAGAUGGGAACCAAAGAUUAAGAUUCCGGAAGAUCCCAUCGAAGCCGAGCGCGUAGUGAAUGUGUGGUUGAAGUUGGCUCCGCCCGCCCCACCCACAGAGACGACAUGACGAUUUCGUCCAUCCGCCCAGGUUUACGGUUACCAGAUGUUGUUCCGAUAUAAUACAUGCACCAUACACUUACACACUGACAUAGUAAUGCAAUUCCAUUUCCGAGUGUACAAUGAGAAAAAGAGAGGGUAUUUAUGUACAAUCAAUAGUAGGGUGGGUAAUAGACCUGAAAGAUCUGGGAAUAGUAACGUGAGUAUAGGAAACCAAUGUGAUAGCGAAUGAUGAAAGAUGGUGAUGCAAAUGUAUAAAAGCAAGACUGUAUGUAGAAUACCGACAACAGGGAUAGCCAUAGAUGAAUGAAUGAUAAUGCACAUGGAUGAUUGGCAACGUUA